AUGCUGACAAGCACCGAUAGUAAUCCUCCUUCCACAACGAACUUCGCCAUGCUGACAAGCACCGAUAGUAAUCCUCCUCACACACCGAACUUCGCCAUGCUGACAAGCACCGAUAGUGAUCCUCCUUGCACAGCUGAUUUCGCAAUGCUGACAAGCACCGAUAGUGACCCUCCUUACGCAGCAAAUUUCGCCAUGCGGACUAGCACAGAUAGGAAUCCUCCUUGCACAGCGAAUUUCGCCAUGCAGACCGGCACCGAUAGUGAUCCUCCUUCCACAGCGAAUUUCGCCAUGCUGACUCGUACUGAUAGUGAUCCUCCUUACGCACCGAAUUAUGCAAUGCUGACAAGCACCAAUAGUAAUCCUCCUCACACACCGAAUUUCGCCAUGCUGACAAGCACCGAUCGUGAUCCUCCUUGCACAGCGAAUUUCGCCAUGCUGACAAGCACCGAUAGUGAUCCUCCUUACGCAGCGAAUUUCGCCAUGCGGACUAGCACAGAUAGUGAUCCUCCUUACACAGCGAAUUUCGCCAUGCUGACAAGCACCGAUAGUGAUCCUCCUUACACAGCGAAUUUCGCCAUGCUGACAAGCACCGAUAGUGAUCCUCCUCACACACCGAAUUUCGCCAUACGGACUAGUACCGAUAGUGAUCCUCCUCACACACCGAAUUUCGCCAUGCUGACAAGCACCGAUACUGAUACUCCUUGCACAGCGAAUUUCGCUAUGCUGACAAGCACCGAUAGUGAUCCUCCUUACGCAGGGAAUUUUGCCAUGCGGACUAGCACAGACAGUGAUCCUCCUUACACAGCGAAUUUCGCCAUGCGGACUAGUCCCGAUAGUGAUCCUCCUCACACAGCGAAUUUCGCCAGCAGACCGGCACCGAUAGUUAUCCUUUUUGCACAGUGA